AUGGUCGAGGAGCAGCUAAAGAGCCUCCAGAGCGACCGCAAACAUGUUAGCGAUGGAGAUUUCCAGCUGCAGAGUAAUAAUCUCACCAUGGACUUAGAUAACAACAUCAAUAUCAACAUGCCAUCCAUUGAGAACAAGGUGUUCAUUAUUCAGCGGGCCUGGCGUGACUUCCUCCAGAGACAGGAAGCGGAGAAACGGAGCCCCUCCCCACCCUCCCUCGCCUCCUCUGACAAGAUGAGCAUGUCGGUCAGCAUGACAACUCUGUCCGACGGCAGCACCCCAGUAAGUCACACCUAUCCAUCUUUAUGCAGUGCAGUGUAG